GACGUUUAAAAAGUAUCAAAAGACUUGUUCCACUUUCAAUAUUUUCCCCAUAAACCACCUUCCUUUCAACUUCAUUCAUUGUUCAUCAUCCUCAUUCAUCGGUUCCUUCCCAAACUGCCCCGAACACCAUGAAACCCCGUCUAGACCCGAGCCCCGCUCUAUUAGCCAUAACGGUGGUUCUAGCCACCAUCAUCUCUUUUCCAGUCGCUCGUUGCCAGGACACUAGUCCAUACGAUAUAUGUGGUCAGUCGGUCCAGUGUGGAGACAUCGAUAAAAUCGAGUACCCUUUUUGGCUGUCAGGCAGGCCACAACAUUGCGGCCACCCGGAUUUUCAGCUAUCCUGCCGAUCUGAUGUUCCUAUGCUCCGUUUAGGACCAGGACCAGUAGACUAUCGGGUCCUAAAAACCGACAGCAGUAUACACACAGUCACUGUUGCUAGAAAUGAUCUGUGGGAAACCCUUUGCCCUCAAACUCUUUACAACACCACCUAUAACACUACACUUUUCAACGGCAAUAAUCUUGGCCAGGAGGAUGUAUCUUUGUACUACGGAUGCCAAGGUAUAUUAGGUGUGAGUCCGUUGGCUGCUAGUUUUCGGUUCAGUUGCAAUGUGAAUCAGACACAAAGUGAUAGUUAUUUCUACAGAACCAGUUUCAUCGACACUGAUACUACGAUUAGCAGUUUUUUGGUGCAAUGCAACAGUCAUAUAACUGUACCAGUGGAUCAGUCUUGGGCAAAUCGAAUACUUACUGCUACAGAUAGUGAAUUGAAACAAGCUUUGCAGGAUGGUUUCAAUCUACGGUGGACAGCGUAUAACGAAGAGUGUGAUCAGUGUGUUCGGUCCGGUGGUAGAUGUGGGUCUAACUUAACUUCACCUUACCAGUUUGUUUGCUACUGUGCUAGUGGGAACUUUUCUGCAACUUGUAACAACGUUCCGGUCGAAAGUGGAGGAGGUGGUUCAAAAAGUAGUUCUAUUGGUAUAGUACUUGGAAUCGUGGGUGGGGUUAUUGCGGUCGCUGUAGUGGGAGUUGUUUUAUUUGUUUGCCGACGGAGAAAAAGGCGUGGGAUCAAAGCAGCAUCACCUACCCAAACCGAGACCAAAGCCAUUUUGGCUGCUGCUGGUUCGAGCCAAGCACUAACUAGUGACACUUCUAAUUUCACUUCCAGCAUCCCUUCAUAUCCUUCAUCAAAAACAUCAGAAACAUCUAAAGAGCUCGUAAAAAGUACAUAUUUUGGAGCUCAGGUUUUUACCUAUGAAGAACUAGAAGUAGCCACAGAUAACUUCAAUGAUUCAAAGCAACUUGGAGAUGGUGGUUUUGGAGCUGUGUACUAUGGUAAGCUUCUUGAUGGUCGAGAAGUUGCUGUCAAGCGUUUAUACGAAAACAAUUUCAAACGGGUUGAGCAAUUCGUAAACGAAGUUAGGAUCCUGACAAAGUUAGACCAUGAAAACCUGGUAAAAUUAUUCGGGUGCACCUCAAAGCGAAGCAGAGAACUUCUUUUAGUUUAUGAAUACAUUCCCAAUGGUACAAUAGCUGAUCAUCUUCAUGGAAAACUAGCAAACUCAAGCUCGAGUUUGUUUUCAUGGUCCAUACGCCUCAACGUUGCCAUACAAACAGCUGAUGCACUAGCAUAUCUCCACAAAUCAGGCAUCAUUCAUCGUGAUGUGAAAAGCAACAAUAUUUUGUUAGAUAAAAGUUUCCAAGUAAAAGUUGCUGAUUUUGGGCUGUCAAGACUAUUUGAAAAUGUUACACAUGUUUCAACUGCACCACAAGGGACUCCUGGCUAUGUUGAUCCGGAAUACUACCAAUGCUAUCAGUUGACAGAUAAAAGUGAUGUUUAUAGCUUCGGGGUUGUGUUGAUGGAGCUCAUAUCUUCCUUACCCGCGGUUGAUACCAGCAGGCACAGGCUUGACAUAAACCUGGCUAAUAUGGCAGUAACCAAGAUUCAAAAUCAAACAUUGAGCGAGUUGGUUGACAAAACUAUCGGGUUCGAAACAAAUGGUUUGGUGAGGAGGAAGACCACUUUGGUGGCUGAGCUGGCUUUCCGGUGUCUUCAACAUAAUAAAGAUAUGAGGCCCACGAUGAAAGAAGUGGUCGAUACUUUAAAAGGGAUUCAGAAUGACGAUUUGAAUGCUCAGAAACCAGAAGUGCUUGAUAUUGUGGUGGAUGAUGGUGGUAUGUUCAAGGGUCAUAACACAGAACCGACAUCACCGGAUCAGUAACAAAGUGGUCACCAAAUUCUUCUGAUGGUUGAUCGGACUUUCUUGGAUGUGGAAAUACUAUGUUUCUUGCUAUAUAUGUAGAGUGUUGUUAUAUGAGAACACAUGACAGCAGCAAGUUCUAGAGAGAAUGUGAAUACUAAAAUCUUAGCUAUUAAAAUCAUAAUCCUCUGCUUUCAGAGUGUAUCUAGGUAUUUUUGUAUGUGAUUCGUUCAUUAUUUUUGACA